GUCUGUAGUGAAUGAGGGAGGCGGGGACGCGCGUGGACAGGCUUUAUCUGAUGCGGGGUGUCAGAGCGGAGACAGGCCGUGUGUUUGACAGACAGACAGACAGACAGACAGACAGACAGACAGACAGACAGGUAGGAUGUUGUCGGGCCGCUGACUCCGCUCUUUGUUGAACGGCGGCGGGAGUCCGGAGCGGAGCGGCGACACGGAGCCCGGAGCAGGAACCGCACAGCGACGCACCGACGCCGGGCACAGGAGCGCGGACCAUGGGCUCAGCUUCGUCCUCUUAUCGGGUGAUUUACCUGGACGUGGACGGCAGGAUCCAGAAGGUGGUGUUCAGUAGAUUCUGCAGCCCGUGCGACAUUAAAGAGCUCUUCUGUACAGCGCUGGGUGUGCCAAGGAACACUAACCUGUCCUUGCUGGAUUCGUCUGGAGCGAUGGUGUCCAUCGACCCCACCAUGCCACACAACACAGAGAGGUCGCCGUACAGAGUGGUGCCGAUGACCGGAGGACAGCUCGCUGAUAAAGAGGAACUCUUCCAGAAUGUACUGACGCAAGUAGCAGAGCAGUUUUCAAGGGCGUUCAAGAUCAACGAGCUGAAGACCGAGGUCACCAACCGGCUCGCCAUGUUGGAGAAAAGAGUAGAGCUGGAGGGCAUGAAGGUGGUGGAGAUCGAGAAAUCCAACGACAUCAAGAAGCUCCGCGAGGAGAUGGCACCAGAAACAACAGCUGUAUUAUUUUUUUCCAGUAAUUUUCCUGGAAGACAACAAGAACUGACUCCUCGCAGAGACGUGCCCUCCUAUCCAAAGUACAUGCUGUCACAACAGACCAUAGACGCCCUGAAAAAACCCGCCUUCGAUGUCUGGCUGUGGGAGGCCAACGAGAUGCUGAGCUGCCUGGAGCACAUGUACCACGACCUGGGCCUGGUCAAAGACUUCAACAUCAACCCCAUCACGCUCAAGAGAUGGCUGCUUUGUAUCCAUGACAACUACAAGAACAACCCCUUCCACAACUUCCGCCACUGUUUCUGCGUCACGCAGAUGAUGUACAGCAUGAUCUGCCUCUGCAGCCUGCAGGAGAAGUUCACUCAGGUCGACAUUUUGAUUCUCAUGACGGCCGCCGUGUGUCACGACCUCGACCACCCCGGGUUCAACAACACGUACCAGAUCAACGCCCGAACAGAGCUGGCUGUUCGCUACAACGACAUCUCCCCUCUGGAGAACCAUCACUGCGCCGUGGCCUUCCAGAUCUUCUCUCAGCCCGACUGCAACAUCUUCUCCAACUUCGACCCCGAGGCCUUCAAGCAGAUACGACAGGGAACCAUCACGCUGAUCCUGGCUACGGACAUGGCUCGACACGGCGAGAUCCUCGACUCCUUCAAGCAGAAAGUCGACAGUUUCGACUACACCGACGAGGAGCACGUCACCUGUCUGAAGAUGGUGCUCAUCAAGUGCUGCGACAUCUCCAACGAGGUGCGGCCCAUGGAGGUGGCCGAGCCGUGGGUGGACUGCCUGCUGGAGGAGUACUUCAUGCAGAGCGACCGCGAGAAGUCCGAGGGACUUCCUGUGGCUCCGUUCAUGGACAGAGAAAAGGUCACCAAGCCGACGGCUCAGAUCGGCUUCAUCAAGUUCGUCCUCAUCCCGAUGUUUGAGACGGUGAUGAAGCUGUUCCCACAGAUCGAGGAGGCGAUGGUUCAGCCGCUCAGAGAGUCGAGAGACCGAUACGAGGAGCUCAAACAGAUCGAUGACGCCAUGAACGAGGUGCAGAAGAAGAAAAGCGAGAACUUGACCAUGGGAGGGAAGAAGAAGUAAAACGUUUUGAAAAGCAGUGAGCGUAGAGACACGAGAGUGAAGUGACGUGAAGUAAGUUAAAGUCAGACACGUUGGUCCGUGACGGGCUCACCUCCUCGCCUCAGCCCGUCCAGGAGCAGAGGAGCGGCGGGAUGUGUGAUCUGGAUCUCCGGUCCGGUUUGAGACGGCGUUACAAACGACUGAUGGACUGAAAAGACGGACGAUCCGAACGUCGACGUUUGUACAGCACAGACUGCUUCAGUCAGCAACAUUUAGAUACAUCCUGUUUUUAAUGUGAUAUGUGUUGUUUUUUACAGAUUGUACAGAUUUUUAGUGACCUUUGUUCUUUCCUAUAAAAAAAUAAAAGGAUUACUUUAAUUACUAAAA